AUCGUUUGCAGAUAAUUUUCAAAAGCGAAUUCUCAUGUUGUAAAAAGAAGUAAACGCUUAAAACCAAAAAAGAAAAAAAGAAGAAUACAAAAUGAAAUUCAGCGAUGUGAAGUACAAGCUUAUGAACGGUGAAGUUCCAACGCUUCGAUCGCAUGGCCCAGCGGCAAGAAAGUUCAACGUCGUAACGCUUUUCUUCGGUGUUGCUUUGGGAUUUUUCCUUGCAAUUCUCAUGGAAUUCUCACCAAAUCGUUCCUUUUCAAAGUCAGAUUACGCGCCUAUGCACGGUGACCCACAUUUUGGACAUGAUCUCUCCAAUGCCUUUGGACCAGAGGGAGAUGUUGGAUUUCAUGAAAUUCACGAUGAUACUCAUGCUUAUGAAAACACUACCGUUGCACGUCAGCUUUACAAUGAAGUGAAAAUACUCUGUUGGGUGAUGACAAGCCCAAAAAAUCACAAGAAAAAAGCCAUUCAUGUGAAAAAAACUUGGGGCAAACGAUGCAACAAAAUUCUUUUUAUGAGUUCAACUAAAGACCCUGAGUUAGAUUCUGUUGCUUUGCCAGUAAGUGAAGGUAGAAAUAAUCUGUGGGCUAAAACAAAAGAAGCCUUCAAAUAUGUUUAUCAACAUCAUCUUGAUGAAGCUGAUUGGAUCUUGAAGGCUGAUGAUGACACAUACGUUGUCGUUGAGAAUCUCCGAUUCAUGUUGUAUCAAUACUCACCUAGUCAACCAAUAUAUUUUGGCUGUAAAUUUAAGCCAUAUGUUAAGCAGGGUUAUAUGUCGGGCGGAGCUGGGUAUGUUCUGAGUCGACAAGCCGUAAUUCGAUUUGUGGAAGAAGGAAUUCCUGACAAGUCAAAGUGUCGUCAAGAUGCCGACGGUGCUGAAGAUGUUGAGCUGGGACGAUGUCUUGAGAAAGUGAAUGUCAUUGCGGGCGAUUCACGUGAUUCAAAUGGACGUGGAAGAUUUUUUCCUUUCGUUCCGGAACAUCAUCUCAUUCCUGGUCACGUUGAUAAGAACUUCUGGUACUGGAAGUACAUUUAUUAUGACUCGAAAGAGGGAAUGGAUUGCUGUUCAGAUAACGCCAUUUCAUUCCAUUAUGUGUCACCGAAUCAAAUGUACGUGCUCGAAUAUCUCAUUUAUCAUUUGCGUCCUUAUGGCCUUAUCACAAAUCCCCAACCAUUACCCAAAAGAAUAUCCCUCGUGGAGCUAGUGAAAGACGCAUCACUGCCAGCUAGAACUGACGACAACACUUCCGACAAGAGCAAAGCUGACGAAUAAUCUUAUCUUGUUUUAUUAAAUCAUCAUCAUCUCUGAAUUGCCAUAACUUUUCAACUUAUUUCCCAAAUAAAAAUAAUGAGAAAAAUUAGAAACAAGGAGCGUUAGUUACCAUAAAGUCGUGAGAGUCUCACAUCUUAUCUACUUAGCGAAAUAAAUUUCAUUGUAAGCAAAAUACAAAAAAAAUUAUUUAGGGAAAAUGACCAUCGCUGUUUGUGAACUAAAUCAAAGGAACGAAUGAACAAGAAAACAAAAUCAUAUUCUCGAAAGUGAUAAAAGAAAUGAAAUAAUAAGGAAUUAACAUUAAUUGAGAUAAAUAUCAUAAAAUAAUCAGCUAGAAAAAAAGUUGAGUGGGAGUUUUAGUAGAACAAAAUAUUUCUAUUGUUUUUUCUUUCUUUUUUAAUCUCAAUGUUGAUGUGUGAAAAUGAAUACCAAAGAGAUUUCGUUUUUGUAGAAAUUUAUUUUAGUUUGUACCAAAAAACAAAAUUCUUGUGUUUAUUACUAAAAAGUCUGCAAAUCUCGAGUGAAUUUUUAAUUUUCCAAACUUUUUAAGUUGAAAAAAAUAACAAAAAUUCAUAAAUUCCAAAAGAUUCUGACAAUUAAAUUUUCGUAUCUCUUAACUAUAGAAAUCAUUAAACAUCUCAAACUUUUGCUGUAAUUAUGUUGUUUAUCCGUAAGUUUUGUAAGAUAAUGGUUGUAAACUGAAUAUUGUAAGCCAUUUAUUGAUUAACGAAAGUGUAUUCAAGACAUAACGUUUGAAUAAAAAUUUUCUGCUUUUUACAAAUCAUCAAAAACUUUGCACUUUAAGUACUCACUGAAUUUCCUUCUUCUCUUAAUGCUAUUCAAUAAUUUUCAUGCCUUGACCUUUUUCAAAAUCAAAUAUUUAUGAUUCUCAUAUUUUUUC